UUUUUUUGUCAAAUUCGCUGUAGUGUUCGAGAAAGAACAAAAGAUAGUUUGAUUUCUCGACGCUUUACGGAGUCUUUCGUUGGUAGUUGGUUAGAGAAUAGAUUUCUAGAAGAAAAAAAAUGUAUUAAAGUUGCACCACUUAAUACAAACUAUAUUUUACAUUUUAGAUAUAAUGAGCAUACAACAUCACUAAAAACUGAUAAUAAUCGAUUAAUAAAUUCACAAAAAUCACCAUUAUUUCUUAAUGAACUACAGACGCAACAAAUAACAACAGCUGCUACUAUUUAUCCACCAAAAGUGACUUUAGAAGAUAUUAAUCAAACAUCAAAUUCAAAACAAGAAAACUAUCAUAAAGUAUCACUUAUUUCACCUCCCAUGCCCAAACCAAUUUUUCCCACAACAUCUUAUUUAUCAUUGUCUGAAAACAGUCAUAAUAAGUUAUCUGAAUGUGAAAAAUCAAUCAAAACUAAUACAUUGAAAUACGCUGAUCAUGUACUACUACCAAUUAAAGAUGAAGAAUAUAAUCCAUUAACGGUAACAACAUUACAACAACCAAGACCAUCUCCAUCACCUGCAACACUUUCUCCUCUACACAAUAAAUUAUUAAAUAAUGGAUCAGCAGCACUUGUCUCUCCAUCACAACAACAGUAUUUAUCACCACGUUCUCUAAACAAUGUAAAUGCUCCAUAUUUAUUUACAGAAACAAAACCAUCUUCAAGUUCUAUUUAUCAGAAUAUUAUUAAUAAUAAUUCAUUAUGGACAACAUCGACGAAUGUCAAAGAACGUAAGAAAAAACGAAAAUUAAGAGAUGAACAACAUUCAACCAUAUCGAUAAAUAAUAAUCAUGCUAAAAUGAACCCGACAUUAUUUGGACCAACAUCACCAUUGAUGACCACAACAUCAUCGAAUUCAUCAUCUUGUUCCUCUGUAUCAUCGUCUAUUCAUCCAACAUCUAAUCCAUUGAAUUUAUCAUCUACACAAACAGUAUCACAGCAACAAUCGAAACAACAAUUACAAUAUCCAACACCAUCUUCACCAGCUUAUUCAGAUAUAUCAGAUGAAAAUGAUAAUGAAAACACUGACGAUAUGAAGAGAAAUAACAACAACAUGUUAAAUAAUUCUGUAACAACAAAUUUAUUAGCACAGACGAUGUCAUCAAAAACAACGCCGCCACUCAUUAAAUCAGUCGAUGAAGAAAAUAUAAUUAAUGAAACACCAAAACAUCCAUCACUUGUCAUUCAACCACCAUUUUAUACUUCAUCUUCUCAUCAACAACAACAGAAUGGGGCAAUUAUGAAAUCAACUUCUCUAGCAGGUGAAUCAAAUAAAGACACUCAGUACCGAUGGAAUGAACAAACAGGUAACGUUGAUCCAAACAAAGGUAUGGAAGCAUUUGCCGCUGCAGCAUUUAUUAACAAUAUGCUUGCUAUGCAAUGGUAUCCACAAAUGACAACAGCAGCUGUCCUGCAACAACAAGCAGUUUUACAACAAUCAGAAAAAAAUAAUAAAUCAAUUAACGAUAACAAUAGCAAUGGCCAUUUGGCUCAUACAUCAAAACACCAACAACUAUUAUCUAUCAGUGAUACAAUGGAUUCAGUUGGAAAGAAAACCCGACCAAAUACACCUAAUCGUUCGAACAGUAAUAACAAUAAAGCAAAUCGUCCAAUAUCUCAUACCAAUGUUGAUUCAUCAAACAAUUUAAAAACAUCUGCUACACAUAAUAUUCUUGAUGGAAGACGAACACAUAUUCCACCCACAACAAAUAUCAGUUCAUCGUCUAUAACAUCAUCUAUAUCCACAAAUUCUUCAAAAAGACCAGAUUCACGAUUGUCCAACCAACAUGAUUUACCAAAUCCUGUGAAUAUUGGAUCGACUAGUUUUCAGUCACCUAACUAUAAUAAUACUAGUGUAAAACAUUUAUCAUCUCCAUCUUUUCCGUCAACAAUGCUUGCCGAAUUUCAAUCAGCAAUGAUUGAAGAUUUUCUAAAUUCAUACGGCCGUGAACAAACAUCGUUAAAAGAUUCACCCAAUGAAAAUAUUCUUAAUCCAACAACAAAACUGACGACAACGUCAAUGACUCGAAUAUCACCAUCUUCGUCAAAAACAACGAAUCUCGGUGUUUCAACAACAGCAGCAAUUUUAGAUUAUUCUCGUUCAUCCCAAGGUCAACCACCACCAUCCCAACAUGGUUUUCAUAAUGGACAGAAUUUUGUAUAA